AUGUCCUCGCAGUCAGCCAUACAUGCCUACAUGGAGAGACAUCGCAUCCAGUCUCUGUUUGAGGAGCUGAUGAACAAGAUUCUGCGAGACAUGCCAGAAGAACCCCUGGUGUAUUUGUUAAGAGCUAUUUACAAGAAGGCAGGAAUGGAGAUUCCUCAGGGAAUCCGUUAUGGCGGGCUUCGUAAAAGUACCUCAGAGUUGUACAAGAGCACCAGCCCUGAGAGAAGGUCAAGGUCAGCUUGUACCAAAAAGCAUGACCAACUAGGCCAGUUGCCCGUUUCCCCUCAACGCUAUAAAAAAGAAAAGGGCAUCAGUAAACAAAAGCCGUACUGGAACACAGAUACUAAGACAAAGUCAUCCUUCGAUGAACUCUGGGAAGAGUCUGGAGCAGUCAGGAAGGAGAAGUCUUCAGUUGUGAGAAAAUCCAACAGCAGGCAGCCUGUAACAUCCAACAGUGCCUGGGCUUCCGUGGGAUUGGGGGAGGAUGGGGAAGAAUAUACGAGUCCCGCAUACUCAGGCAAGGGAAAUAACCAGGGAUCAAUGAAGCUAUCGGAAGCAGAGUUGUUGGCCUUGGAAAGUGUGGCCCGGUCACAACGAUCAGAACCAGAACCGGAACUUUCUUCAGCACCAGCAGCCUCUGCCAAGCGCUUCAGUAAAAGUCGCAAAAUGGAGUCUGUGAAACACAAACUGGAGCUGGGCCAGCUGCUGUCUGCUUCUGAACAUAAAUUAACAGACUCCGGAAUUGGGCUUGAUCUGCUGAAAGAUGAUGAUGAUAAUGCUGAUGCGUUGGAGCUUCUGGAAAAUGCAGACGACCUGAAGCGAGAAGGUGUCAAACAUCUCCCAGAGACUGGAUUCAAGCUCAGCCGGAUUCUUCGCUUCAGGGGAAAUGAGCCGCCUGUAAAGUUGUAUUUGGAUGAGGACGAGGAGAUUGAGAGUGUAUCUCAAGUCACAGGACCAAGACAACCCGUAUGGAAUGUUCCAGAUACAGAGAAUCUCCCAGGUGAUGCCAUCCCACUGCAUCCAUCAUACUCAUCCAUCAGACCACAGAGAUCUAACAUCCAGCACAAAGGCUUCAUGGAAAAAAGCCCAACAAAUUUUGUGGAGCAGUCGGUGGACAGUGCUGAUACGCUGGCAGCCAGUGCAAGAACGUGGACACUUGGAGAGAAAGUCACUACUUUCAGU